GCAUCCUCUCAUUCACACUACUGAAGGCUGCCGAGGCCAGGUCAGACACACGGAGUUGGUGGGGGACAGGCGAAGGCCAUUUCUGGAUCUAUUUCCCUGUCGUGUCUUCCGUUUUGUUUGUGUUGUACUUUCUCUCUGAAGACAGCAAAUGUUGGAUCUAUGUUAACCCUGCGUGGAAUCGCACAACUACUUUAAACUCAUAAGAAGGAAUGCAGCUUUUCCUUGUGAAACUAACUUCACUGAUAUCGCUCAUUGCCCUGACGAAAGGUCAAUGUUCUGAGAAAUGCCAAAACGGAGGUACAUGUGUGCUUACUCCAGAUGGAAGAGCAGAAUGCAAGUGUCCUGAGAAGUUUUUGGGAUCAGUGUGCCAGUUCCCCAACCCUUGCCUCUCAAACCCUUGCUGGAAUGGCGGUGUGUGCCAGCACAUUUUUCGUGACAACAAACCGGCCUUUACCUGUCAGUGUCCCUUGGGCUACAUGGACCCCCGGUGCCUUACUCCCACCGACAACCCAUGUCGCAGCUCGCCAUGCGGAAAUGGAGGGACGUGUGACCUGACCAGCAUACGCACGUUCAAGUGCAAAUGUCCUCCAGGCUGGACUGGUAAAAACUGUCAGCAGGCAGACCCUUGUGCCUCAAACCCAUGUGCUAAUGGAGGCCUGUGCAGUCCUUUUGACUCACACUACAUCUGCGCCUGCACACACUUCUUUUCAGGUGAGACGUGCAAACAGGAUGUCAACGAGUGCGCCCUAAGCCCGUCUCCCUGCAAGAACGGUGGUGUAUGUGUUAAUGAAGUAGGCACCUACCGCUGCAGCUGCACAACUGAGUACACGGGUAAACAUUGUGAAACUCUGUACCAGCCCUGUAACCCCUCACCAUGCCUCCAUGGAGGAACCUGUGUCCAGAAGGGAGACAUGAACUACGAGUGUUCCUGUCUGCCAGGUUUCAGUGGUCAGAACUGUGAGGAGAACAUUGAUGAUUGUCCAGACCAUCGUUGCCUUAAUGGAGGGACCUGUGUCGAUGGAGUCAACACUUACAACUGCCAGUGCAAACCAGAGUGGACCGGUCAGUUCUGCACUGAAGACGUCAAUGAGUGCGAUCUGAUGCCCAACUCCUGUCAGAAUGGUGGCACUUGCCUUAACAGCCAGGGUGGAUACCACUGCGUGUGUGUGAAUGGCUGGUCGGGUGAUGACUGCAGCAAGAACAUUGAUGACUGUGCAGAUGCUGCUUGCAAUGAUGGAGCUACUUGUCAUGAUCGCGUGGCCUCCUUCUUCUGUGAAUGCCCUCCUGGCCGCACAGGUUUGCUGUGCCAUUUGAACGAUGCCUGUAUUAGUAACCCAUGCCAGAAAGGCUCCAAUUGUGACACCAACCCAGUCAAUGGCAAGGCCAUCUGCACUUGUCCUCCGGGCUACUUGGGCUCAGCCUGUGACCAGGACAUUGAUGAAUGCUCUCUGGGUGCGAACCCAUGUGAGCAUGCAGGAAAGUGUCGGAACACUAAAGGCUCUUUCCAGUGUCAGUGCCAGCAGGGUUAUGUGGGGGCACGCUGCGAGUUAGACGUCAAUGAGUGUUUGUCUAACCCAUGCCAGAAUGAUGCUACCUGCCUGGACCAAAUUGGAGGCUUCCAGUGUAUCUGUAUGGCAGGGUAUGAGGGAAAGUUCUGCGAGAUCAAUACUGAUGAGUGCGCCAGCGCGCCCUGCCUCAACAAUGGGAAGUGCAUCGACAAGAUCAACAACUACCAGUGCGAGUGCCCCACAGGAUUCUCUGGAAACCUUUGCCAGGUCGACAAUGAUGAGUGCGCCAGCACGCCCUGCAAAAAUGGUGCCAAAUGCAUUGACGGGCCCAAUAUGUACACCUGCCAGUGCACUGAGGGUUAUACAGGACAGCACUGUGAGACAGACAUAGACGAGUGUUUUUCCAGUCCCUGCCACUAUGGUACCUGUAAGGAUGGCUUGGCCGGCUUCACAUGCCUCUGCCGUCCAGGCUACACAGGCCGUCUGUGUGAGGCCAACAUUGAUGAGUGCCUGAGCCAACCAUGCCAGAACGGAGGCACCUGUCAAGACCGGGAGAAUGCUUACCUCUGUGUUUGCCCCAGAGGAACUGCAGGUGUUAACUGUCAGGUCAAUCUGGAUGACUGUAAGAGCAAUCCAUGCGACUAUGGCAAGUGCAUUGACAAGAUCAACGGCUAUGAGUGUGCCUGUGAGCCAGGAUACAUGGGCAAACUGUGUAAUAUCAACAUCGAUGAGUGUGCCAUCAACCCCUGUCACAAUGGUGGAACAUGCAUUGAUGGAGUGAAUGGAUUCACUUGCCAGUGCCGAGAGGGCUACCACGACCCCACCUGCCAGUCUCAACUCAACGAGUGUCUCAGCAACCCCUGCAUUCACGGACACUGCGAAGACAAAGUCAAUGGCUAUAACUGUAUUUGCGAUUCGGGCUGGAGUGGCACCAACUGCGACAUCAACAACAAUGAGUGCGAGUCCAACCCCUGCAUGAACGGUGGCACCUGUAAGGACAUGACUAGUGGCUACGUCUGUACCUGCCGGGCCGGCUUCAGCGGUCCUAACUGCCAGACGAACAUCAACGAGUGUGCCUCCAACCCCUGCCUCAACCAGGGCACCUGCAUUGAUGAUGUGGCGGGCUACAAGUGCAACUGUUUGCUGCCUUACACUGGCGAGAACUGCGAAACUCUUUUAGAUCCCUGUAAUCCCAAGCCCUGCAAGAACAGCGGAGUGUGUAAGGAGUCUGAGGACUAUGAGAGCUUCUCCUGUGUGUGCCCUGAAGGCUGGCAAGGCCAGACAUGUGAGAUUGACAUCAAUGAGUGUGUGAAGAACCCUUGUCGCAACGGCGCCACCUGCCAUAACUCCAUCGGCAGCUACAGGUGCAGCUGCAAGUCAGGCUACACCGGGCGCAACUGUGAGACUGACAUAGAUGACUGCAAGCCCAACCCUUGCAGUAACGGUGCCUUCUGUAAAGAUGGGGUAGAUGCGUUCACCUGCACGUGCCUCCCUGGAUUCCGUGGCCUCAGGUGCGAGGAGGACAUCAACGAGUGUGACAGCAAUCCAUGCAAGAAUGGCGCCAACUGUACCGACUGCGUGAACAGCUAUACCUGUACAUGCCCACCGGGCUUCAGUGGCAUCCACUGUGAGAACGACACACCUGACUGCACUGAGAGCUCUUGUUUUAACGGCGGCACUUGUGUGGAUGGCAUCAACACAUUUAGCUGCCUGUGUCUGGCCGGCUUCACUGGCAGCUACUGCCAGCAUGACAUCAAUGAGUGUGACUCCAAGCCCUGCAUGAAUGGUGGCACAUGCCAGGACAGCUAUGGCACAUACAAGUGCACCUGUCCUCAUGGCUACCGCGGUUUCAACUGUCAGGAGCUGGUGAACUGGUGUAAGCCAUCUCCCUGUAAGAAUGGAGGUACAUGCAGACAGAGUGGCACCACUUACACUUGCCAGUGUCAGACAGGCUGGACAGGCCUUUACUGUGAUGUCCCCAGUGUCUCCUGUGAGGUGGCCGCAAAACAGCAAGGUGUGGAUGUUGCUAGAUUGUGCCGUAACUCUGGCCUGUGUUUGGAUGCUGGAAAUACACACUACUGUCAGUGUCAGGCAGGAUACACAGGCAGCUACUGCGAGGAGCAGGUGGACGAGUGUAUCCCCAACCCCUGCCAGAACGGAGCUACCUGCACUGAUUACUUAGGAGGAUAUUCUUGUGAGUGCGUGCCAGGUUAUCAUGGAGUAAACUGCUCCAGUGAGAUCAAUGAGUGCCUCUCUCAACCCUGCCAGAAUGGGGGCACCUGCAUCGACCUCGUCAAUACCUACAAAUGCUCCUGUCCCCGGGGAACGCAAGGAGUUCACUGUGAGAUCAACAUUGACGACUGCACACCCUUCACUGAUCCUGUGACCCAAGAGCCCAAGUGCUUCAACAAGGGCCGCUGUGUGGAUCGUGUUGGAGGCUACCACUGCAUGUGUGAGCUAGGCUAUGUGGGUGAGCGCUGUGAGGGGGAUGUCAACGAGUGCCUGUCCAACCCAUGCGACCCACGGGGCACACACAGCUGCGUUCAGCUCACCAACAACUACCGCUGCGAUUGCCGCACUGGCUACACAGGUCAGCGAUGUGAAACUGUGUUUGAUGGCUGUAAGGUGAACCUAUGCCGGAACGGAGGAAGCUGCUCUGUAGCCAGCAAUACUCCUCAUGGAUUCAUUUGUAAAUGUCCUCCUGGCUUCACCGGCUCUACCUGUGAGUAUGAUGCGCAGGCCUGUGGAAGCCUCCACUGCAGAAAUGGUGGCACUUGCAUCUCUGGCCAUAAGAGCCCCCAGUGCAUGUGUUCUGUAGGCUUCACUGGCCCUGAGUGCCAGUACCCAAGCAAUGGGCCCUGCACAUCUAACCCCUGCUACAAUGGAGGCACAUGUGAGCCCAGUGCUGAGGCACCCUACUUCCAUUGCGUAUGUCCAGCUGACUUCAACGGCCUGCUCUGCCACAUCCUGGACUACGGCUUCGCAGGUGGCUUCGGCCGGGACAUCACACCAGCACCUGAGGUGGAGGCCAGCUGCGAGGUGGUCGAGUGUGAGGCCAAGAAGGGCAACAAGGAGUGUGACACUGCCUGCAACAGCCACGCAUGUGACUGGGACGGAGGUGACUGCUCACUGAAUUUCCGUGACCCCUGGAAAAACUGCUCGGCUGCGCUACAGUGCUGGCGCUACUUCAACAACGGAAAGUGCGAUGAGCAGUGCCACAGCGCCGGCUGCCUUUAUGAUGGCUUUGACUGCCAGAGAAGUGGUGGAGAGUGCAACCCACUGUAUGACCAAUACUGCAAGGACCACUAUGCAGAUGGCCACUGUGACCAGGGUUGCAACAAUGCUGAGUGUGAGUGGGAUGGCCUGGAUUGCGCUGAGAAUGUGCCAGAGAAGAGGGCCGCAGGUCACCUGGUGUUGGUGGUGCACUUGCCACCUGAGCAACUGCGUAACAACUCUUCAGCAUUUCUGCGUGAGCUCAGCCGUGUACUGCACACCAACAUAGUUUUCCGGCUGGACAUCCGUGGAGAGCUGAUGAUUUACCCGUACUAUGGCAGCCCGCAUGAGCUCCGCAAGCACAGCAUUAAACGUUCACUAGACAGCUGGCCUGAUGUCUUCAGCUCGGGACACCGUGACCAAGACCAGAAGCAUGUCGUAGGCUCAGUGGUGCAUCUGGAGAUAGACAACCGUCAGUGCUACCAGCAGUCAUCAGAGUGCUUCCAGAGUGCUACAGAUGUUGCUGCCUUCCUUGGAGCUCUUGCGUCCAGGGGCAAUCUCAACCUGCCCUACGUUAAGGCUGUCACUAGUGAGAGCGAGGUGCCAGUAGGCCCUGAGCUCUAUCCACUUUAUGUGGUACUGGCCGGAGUGGCCCUACUGGCUUUCAUUGCUGUGGGAAUGGUGGCCUCGCGUAAGCGUCGCCGUGAGCAUGGACAACUGUGGUUCCCUGAGGGAUUCAAGACCAGCGAACCUAGCAAAAAGAAGAGGAGAGAGCCCGUCGGAGAAGAUUCGGUCGGCUUGAAACCACUAAAGAACUCGGAUAUUUCACUAAUGGAUGACAAUCAGAACAAGUGGGGAGAGGAGGAGCCAACGGACACCAAGCGCUUCAGGUUUGAAGAGCAGGCGAUGUUAGAUCUGGAUGACCAGCAGGACCAUCGGCAGUGGACUCAGCAACACCUGGACGCUGCUGACCUGCGAAUCCCCUCUGUGGCCCCCACACCCCCUCAGGGUGAAAUAGAAAAUGACUGCAUGGACGUCAAUGUCCGAGGACCAGAUGGAUUCACCCCACUGAUGAUUGCCUCCUGCAGUGGUGGUGGCCUGGAGACUGGCAACAGUGAGGAGGAGGAGGAUGCUUCUGCCAAUGUCAUCAAUGAUUUCAUCUACCAGGGGGCCAACCUGCAUAACCAGACUGACCGUACGGGUGAGACUGCACUGCACUUGGCUGCCCGUUAUGCUCGUUCUGAUGCCGCCAAGAGGCUUCUGGAGGCUAGCGCUGAUGCCAAUAUUCAGGACAACAUGGGGCGGACCCCACUGCACGCUGCUGUGGCUGCAGACGCACAGGGAGUCUUCCAGAUUUUGAUACGGAACCGGGCCACAGACCUGGAUGCACGCAUGCAUGACGGAACGACUCCCCUAAUCCUGGCAGCCAGGUUGGCCGUGGAAGGCAUGGUGGAGGAGCUCAUAAACUGCCACGCUGAUGUCAAUGCCAUUGAUGACUUCGGCAAAUCUGCUUUGCACUGGGCUGCAGCUGUAAACAAUGUGGAAGCAGCUGUGGUACUGCUUAAGAAUGGAGCCAAUAAAGACAUGCAGAACAACAAGGAGGAGACUCCACUGUUUCUGGCUGCAAGGGAAGGGAGCUAUGAGACAGCCAAAGUCUUGCUGGAGCAUUUUGCCAACCGUGAGAUCACAGACCACAUGGAUCGCCUUCCACGGGACAUUGCCCAAGAUCGUAUGCACCAUGACAUUGUGCGCCUUAUGGACGAGUACAACCUAGUGCGCAGCCCACCCAUGCAUGGUGCUCCCCUCAGCACUACCCUCUCUCCUCCCCUUUGCUCCCCAAAUGCCUACCUGGGCAGUCUGAAGCCCUCCGUCCAGACCAAGAAGCCCCGCAAGCCCAGCGCCAAAGGAAUCGGCUGCAAGGAUGGCACCAAGGACCCAAAGGCCAAAAAGAAGAUAAAGGCCCAGGAUGGCAAAGGUGGCCUGCUGGACAGCUCGGCCGCUCUGUCACCUGUGGACUCACUUGAAUCACCCAAUGGUUAUGUCUCAGAUGUGGCUUCUCCACCUCUGAUGGCCUCACCCUUCCAGCAGUCACUCAAUCACUUGCAGGCCGUGCCCGACGCUCACAUGCCGGGUGUUAACCAUCUAGGCAUGCCCAGUAAACAGGAUCUUGCUCGUUUGCAGUUUGACCCACUGCCUCCACGUCUGACCCACUUGCCAGUGGCUGGAUCGACUGGGUCGAAUAGUCAGUGCGACUGGCUGAGCAGAAUGCAUGCUGGAAUAGGCCAGCAGGGUCAGUUUGGAGCUGUGAGGAAUGGCCAGCACCCGCCUACCUCCCAGCAUGGCCUGAUGCUCCACAAUGCCAAUGGUUUGACACAGAUGAUGAGCUUCCAGGGUUUGCCCAACACCCACUUGGCUGGGCAACCACAUCUUCUACAUCAGUCACAGCAGAUGCAGGCCAAUCUACAGCAGCAGCAGCAACAGAGGCAGCAGCAACAGCAGCAGCAAAACAGCAUCCAGCUGCAACACCAAAACACGAACAGUGGCCAGAAUUUCAUGGGUGGUGGAGAGCUGCAGCAGGGCAGUAACAUGCCUAUCCACACCAUCCUGCCCCAGGAUACCCAGCUCCUCCAAGCUCAAACGCUGGCGCCCAGUAUGGCCAGCACGCAGUUUCUCACGCCCCCGUCCCAACACAGCUACUCGGCCGCCAUAGACACCACCAACACGCCCAGCCACCAGCUCCAGGUGCCGGAGCAUCCAUUCCUCACACCCUCACCUGGGUCACCUGACCAGUGGUCCAGCUCCUCGCCCCAUUCUAACAUGUCUGACUGGUCCGAGGGCAUCUCCAGCCCUCCCACCAGCAUGCAGACCCAAAUGGCACAGAUUCCUGAGCAAUUUAAGUGAGCAGCUUGGUAGGUUGAGGACUGUAUUUUUCAUGUAUAUUAAGAGCACUCUUUGAAAAAGAAUACAGCAGUAAACCCGUUUGAAAUGAAGGGUCUUUUCUAUACCUUUUGUACUAACCACAUUUUGUUUGUUUGUUUUUUAGUUUGUUUCCUUUUUGUAUUUAUUAAUGUCUUGUUAUUUAUACUUUUUUUUCACUUGCUUGAGGAUUUUUUGGAAAACAUCAUCUAGUAAAAUGUCAGUAGUAAGAGAAGUAGCAGCAUUUUUGUCCUUGUUGCAUUAUACUGUGGUUUGUCUGGUGUACACACUGGGUAUUUAUUGGUCUUAAAAAUUUUGCCUUUACAUUUUUUUGUAGUCAAUUGGCCUUCGCUUUUAUUUUUGAUGUUUCCUACAUUAUUGUAUAAUUUUGUAAAACACAAUGUUUGUGUAAGGGCAUUUUAUAGAGUACAUUUUAUAUUGAAGUUUUCAGUAUUACAGUACUUGCGUAGAUUUUAUUGUUUGUUUUAACAAUCAGAGGAGCUGCUUUAUCCAUUGAAACCAGAUCAAGAAUAAUAGACCAAGGAGGAUUUUUUUCCAUUUUUAUUUGGACUAGUAUUCUGGACAUGGAUGACCUCUUGUCUUGGACUGAACUACACUGGGGAUUGACCACUGACAUAUUUUAGUUUAGGACAGGUCCAAAUAUUUGUCUGAAACUACAUGCUUGUAUUAUGUUGUUCUGGCCAGGUUCUCAAGAUUCUGUUUUGCUCAAGUAAGACUAUCUUCAAAUAGUUCUAAAGCCUGAUGUUCAUGAGCUUUUGUACAGUUUCUUUAUGAAAUUUACUUGUUUUCCCUGUUUGUUUAUAAAAAAAACUGCAAAAAGCAGAGUUCUAAAUCUUCCACUGUAAGUAAGUGGGUGUGAAAGCGAGGAUUUACACUUGUGUAUUCAAUGUUAAUGUGUGUAAAACAGGUUGCAGUCGAAAUUACUCUGUAUCCUUCCUCCCUUUCCAUGUUACUAAACUGGUCAAGUGGCCAAAAAUGUAUGGGACAGAGUGGAGAGGCUUCACAUGAACCUCUCUUUACUUCCUAUAUUGUAUGUUUUGUUGGAGCCUAUGGCUAAUGUAAAUACACCUACUGGACGUGUUUUAUGUGAAAAUGAUUUUGUUUCAGAAAUCUUAAGUCGUAAGUGUGCCAUUGAAAUUGGAGAUUUUGUUAAUCAGUAGCUUUUUGUUUUCUAUCAUAGACACAACAUAUAUUUUGCUCAGUAUCACUGAGUUAGAGGUCAUAUAAGAGAUGUAUACAAAUGACUAGAUACUACUUUACAACCCAUAUAGAUUAAAAUAACAUAAUUAGAUGCUUUAAAAUCUAUUUAUUGACAUAAAUUUGACAAAAAUUGGUUUUGUUGAAAAAGGGUUAUGUUCGUGUGAUUCUAUAUACUUUCUGAGCCCACAAAAAAGAGUCAGCAUUAAGAAUGCAAUAUCUGUAAAUGUUACCUAUCAGCAAACUCUAGUUUACAUAAAAUAUAUUUUCUGUCAGUUCUACUGUCAACUUGUAAAUGUUCUUUUUGAAAUAAAAAAUAAUAAGUAUACGUUGAA